AUGCGAGAAAUCGUUUCCCUCCAAUGCGGACAAGCCGGAAACCAGGUCGCAACUGCCUUUUGGAACACAAUCACCGAGGAACAUUGUCUGGACGACGAUGGGUUCUUUGUAGGCGACAACCGAGAGCAGAGUGACCGACUUGAGGUCUUCUUUUCCGAGGCUUCCAACAGAAAGUAUGUACCUCGAGCUGUCGCUGUCGACCUCGAGCCUGCCACUCUAGACUCCAUCAGAUCUGGCAAACAGGGCCAUCUGUUCCGACCAGACAAUCUAAUUAGCGGACAGUCAGGAGCAGGCAACAUUUGGGCAAAGGGAUACUACACAGAAGGAGCUGAGUUGAUGGAGACGGUAAUGGACGCGGUGCGACGCGAGGCAGAGUCAUGCGACGCCCUUCAGGGAUUCCAGGUAACCCACUCUCUGGGAGGAGGAACCGGUUCAGGAAUGGGCACUCUUUUGCUGUCGAAAAUCAAGGAGGAAUAUCCCGAGCGCAUGCUGGCCACGUACUCGGUUCUUCCCUCACCUAAGGUCUCCGAGACCGUCACUGAGCCCUAUAAUGCUGUGCUCUCUUUCCACCAGCUCGUUGAGCAGGCAGAUGCUACCUUCUGUCUGGACAAUGAAGCUCUGUACGAUAUCUCCACACGAACUCUCAAGAUUAAACAACCCCGGAUCCAGGACCUCAACAACCUCAUCUCCAAGGUCAUGUCGGGCGUGACCACUUGUCUGCGAUUCCCGGGCCAGCUGAACGGAGACCUUCGAAAGAUGGCUGUCAACCUGGUGCCCUUCCCCCGACUCCAUUUCUUUACAGUCGGCUACGCUCCGCUUUUUUCGGCAGCCUCACAGUCGUUCCAGCAACUCGAGGUUCCCGAGCUGACCCAACAGCUCUUCAACCCCAACAAUGUCAUGGCUGCUUGUAAUCUGUACAAUGGCCGGUACUUGACGGUGUCCACCAUUUUCCGAGGAAAGGUGUCGACCAAGGAGGUCGAGGACUCUAUCCAGACCGCUCGAACCAAACACUCACCCUACUUCGUCGAGUGGAUUCCCAACAACAUCCAGACGUCGGUCUGCAAUGUGCCUCCCAAGGGGCUCAAGACCUCUGCUACUUUUGUGGCAAAUUCCACUGCAGUGCAAGAGCUCUUUACCCGAACCGCAAGCCAGUUUUCGGCUAUGUUCCGACGAAAAGCUUUCAUCCACUGGUACACUGCUGAAGGUAUGGAACUGAUGGAGUUCACCGAGGCCGAGUCCAACCUGCACGAUCUCAUUGCUGAAUAUCAGCAAUACCAGGAGGCUGGUGUGGAUGACGAUCUCGGAUACGAAGAGGGAGAGUAUGUUGAGGAGGAGUAUCUGGAAUAA